UUCAGCGCAGCCCGGAGUCGCCCAGGCCUGAACUCCUAUCCAGGUCCCUGGCUCGGCCUCAGCCAGCCCGACCCCGGCCCCGGGCCCGCCAGGACACCGGAGGCCACCCCCCCAGGGGUGGGGAGCGGAGCCGCGGGUCAGCUCUGCGAGCGCCCCGCGCUGGCCUGUCCGGCCCCGCCCCCGCCCCGGGCCAUGGCCCAGCCCUUGUCCCGGCCCCAAGUCCUAUUAUCCCUAUCCGGGCUCUGGCCUCCGCCCCCUCCCUCGCCCUGCUUCCCAAAUCAGUCCCAGUCCCGGCCUGAGUACCAGCGAAUGCCCAGGUCCAGGUUCCAACCCAUGCCCCCCGUCCAGCCCCAGUCCCAGACCCUGACCUGGCCUCCACCCCCGCCUCUGCCCUGGUUACACCCCCUGUCACAAAUCCCAGCCCAGCUCCUGUCCCAAUCCCCACCCCAGUGUUUGCUUAAACCCAGGGCCCAAACCCUGCCCUUGCUCCAGUCCCCAUCACAGCCUCUCCUUGCACCCCAUCCCCUGUCCUUGUUGAAGCCCUUGUGCCCAGCUCAGCCCGACCCAUUAUCUCAGCCUUUGCCCUCAUCUCUGUGUUUACCCAAGUCUCUCCCACUACCCACCCCUCUCUCUCACACCCUGCCCCUCUCCCAGCCUCGACUCAGGUCUGGGCUCCGGCUGCCGCCAGCCCUGUUGCUGCUGUUGCUGUUUUCUGUCCUUGGCCCAGGGGCUGGAGGCCUCUUCCUGACCGAUUACUCCACCUGCUCACCCCGCAAGCUGAGUCCUUUCCGCUCCUUUGCCAGCACCGAACUCUUCCACUUCCACGUUCCUGAGGACACGUUCCUGGCUGUUUGGAACCUCAUCAUCUUCAAGGAGCAGGGCGGGUCCUUUGGGGACCACUGCCCAGACCAGAGUGUGACUGUGUAUUUCCGGUCCGGGGCACCCCCUGUCAUCAAUCCCCUGCACACACACUUCCCAGGGGACACGGCUGUGCCUGGGGUGUUCUCACUGACCCUCAGCUGGACACUGCCCAACCGCACCUCAGGCAUCUUUAACGUCAGCAGCCCCUUACCUGGGGACUGGUUCUUGGCCGCCCACCUUCCCCAGGCCCAUGGCCACAUCUCCGUCAAGGGUCUCCAGGAUGAGUGUCAGUACCUCCUUCAGCCGCAGCUGAUCGUCCGGCGUUUGCUGGACGUUGCUGUGCUGGUGCCUGGCCGUCCCUCGGAGCAAACCCUGUCCCCCCACAAUCGCUCAGCCCUGUACAAGGUCUUUGUGCCCAGCUUCACUUACAGGGUUUCAGCACAGCUGGUGUGUGUGGGGGGCCGCGGGGCAUCCGCCUGCCCCCUGACACUGCGCCUACGUCCCAAGGCCCCACCCCUGCACAACUCAAGCUCUGUGGCCUGUGGAGGUGCCUCUGUGUGCCAGCUGGAGCUAGCACUGCCCCCUUGGGGGCGAUGGGUCUACGUGCGUGUGGAGAUGCCAUCCCGGGGCUCUGGAAGGACCGUCCGCUUCCAGCUGUGUGUGCGGUUGCAAGAGUGUCCGAAGCCCAGCCUGUCCCGUGCCCUGGUCCCGGGAGCCGCCAUGAACAUGCCCCAAUCACUGGGCAACCAACCCCUGCCCCUAGAGCCACCAUCGCUCGGGGCCCCCGUGGAGGCGCCUGGGGCUCCAUCUCCACCUGAGCACUGCUGGCCGGUACGCCCCACUCUGCGCAACGAGCUGGACACCUUCUCCGUCCACUUCUACAUCUUCUUCGGCCCCAGCGUGGCCCUCCCACCCGAGCGCCCCGCCGUGUUUGGCCUGAGGCUGCUGCCAGUGCUGGACAGCGGAGGGGUCCUUAGCCUGGAGCUUCACCUCAAUGCGAGCUCCCUGCACCAGGAAAAUGUGACCGUGUUCGGAUGUUUGACUCACGAGGUGCCCCUGAGUCUGGGGGAUGCAGCAGUGACCUGCUCCAAAGAGUCCCUGGCUGGCUUCCUCCUCUCAGUCAGUGCCACCUCCAGGGUGGCCAGGCUACGAAUCCCGUUCCCACAGACUGGGACCUGGUUCCUGACCCUACGCUCCCUGUGCGGGGCGGGGCCUCGGUUUGUGCGGUGCCGGAACGCCACUGCAGAGGUGCGGCUGCGCACCUUCCUGUCCCCGUGUGUGGACGACUGUGGGCCCUAUGGCCAGUGCAAGCUGCUGCGCACGCACAACUACCUGUACGCAGCCUGCGAGUGCAAGGCCGGGUGGCGGGGCUGGGGCUGCACUGACAGCGCGGAUGCGCUCACCUACGGAUUCCAGCUGCUGUCCACUCUGCUGCUCUGCCUGAGCAACCUCAUGUUUUUGCCACCCGUGGUCCUGGCCAUUCGGAGCCGAUACGUCCUGGAAGCUGCUGUCUACACAUUCACCAUGUUCUUUUCCACGUUCUAUCACGCCUGUGACCAGCCAGGCAUUGUGGUUUUCUGCAUCAUGGACUACGAUGUGCUACAGUUCUGUGACUUCCUGGGCUCCUUAAUGUCCGUGUGGGUCACUGUCAUUGCCAUGGCUCGUUUACAGCCUGUGGUCAAGCAGGUGCUGUAUUUGCUGGGGGCUAUGCUGCUGUCCAUGGCUCUGCAGCUCGACCGGCAUGGACUCUGGAACCUGCUUGGACCCAGUCUCUUUGCCCUGGGAAUCUUGGCCACAGCCUGGACAGUACGCAGUGUCCGCCGCCGGCACUGCUACCCACCCACGUGGCGCCGCUGGCUCUUCUACCUGUGCCCGGGCAGCCUUAUUGCAGGCAGCGCCAUCCUUCUCUAUGCUUUCGUGGAGACCCGGGACAACUACUUCUACAUUCACAGCAUUUGGCACAUGCUCAUCGCCGGCAGUGUGGGGUUCCUGCUGCCACCUCGUGCCAAGACUGACCACCGGGUCCCCUCCGGAGCCCGGGCCCGGGGCUGCGGUUACCAGCUGUGCAUCAAUGAGCAGGAGGAGCUGGGCCUCGUGGGCCCAGGAGGGACGCCUGUCAGCAGUAUCUGUACCAGCUGAGAGUGGCUUUGGGCCUGGCCCUUGGGGAACGUGAACCCGUCCUAGGGGCAGAGAGCCCUUCCAGGGGUUUUUCCAGGCGGUGUGGAGCCUUCCCAGGGACUUGGAGUCUUUCUUGACAUGGAACACUUCCAGGGACCUGGCAUCCUUCCUGAAGGCCUGGCGUCACCUUGCUCCCGUGGGUUCCUUCAGGACUGCAGCCUGUGCAGGGCCGCAGAGCCUCCUCAGCACCGGGCAGUCCCUCCUAGGGGCGGGGAGCCCCUCCGGGGGACAUGGAGCCCUCCUGAGCACACGGAUUCCUUCCUGGGGAGACAAAGCCCUCCCAGGACGUGGGUGGCGUCAUUCCUGGGGAAGUGGAGUCCAUCUUGGGAAGAUUUGAGUUUCCAAAUCUUCCCAGCAGCUCAGCAACUCUGGCCUCAGGCCUCUUUCCCAGAGGCAGUGUCUGGGCUGAGCUGUGCUGGGAGGGGAAUUGCAGAACACGGGGCUGGAAUCUUGAGUGCGCGCAGGUGGAGUCUGGUGUGUCUCCAGUGAAGUAUUUGCUGGUUCCGUGCUGCUUUUUUUUUUGCUGCCAAGGGUGUGGAGGAGGGGAGGGAGAGAGGGACCUUGAGGAGGUCAGCAGGGUGAGGGGAGCCCAGCAGGAACGAGCUGUUGGAGCUGCUGUCUGCGGCUGUGGCCCCAUAGUGUCAGGCAAUAGCAGCUGGGAAUAGGGAGCCGAGAGAGAGAGUGUGGGAGAGAAAGAGAGACGUGCUGAGAUCAUUUAAAUCAGCGAGACAGACUUCCCUUAUGGUACCCACACCCAACAGGGAAGCAAGCUGAGGCUCCAGGAAAUUGGACCACCAGGUACAGAUCUCAGAAGCGCAAGAAAUAUCACAAGAAUGUAACUUCUAUUUUCAGCCCCAUGUUGCCUGACUGCCAAAAAUAUAAUCCUUUGUCAAUUUGGAAUUUCUUCUCUUUCCACACUAGUCAGAGCUAAGUUCUGAGGGUCUUAAAUAAUGCAAAGAUGUUGGGAGAGUGUUCUUCCUGGUCACUGCGGUCCAUGUGGCACCCACCUCCUGAGACUUCCAUCCUUCCGCCUGGCCCUCAGUCGGCAGCGCAGGCAGGCCGUGCCAGAGCGCCUGCCCGGUCCUGACUGUGUAACCCCUUUGAGUCCCGGGCCCUCUACCACUUCUGUGCCACGUGCAAGGACCUGUGACACCUUGGCUACCCAGACGUACCUUAGAGCCAUUUCUACUCUGGGGUCCUGCUCUGGAUUUUAUUGGACCAACAAGACAUGAGUUGCUCCCACUUUGAGAUCCUGCAAACCUGCUCAGGGGCUUGGCUGAGGGAGUGGGGCUCAGGGCCCCUCUCGUUUUGGACCCUCUGUGCCAAUGCUCUCACCGUGGCCCCUCUCCAUUUCUUUUCCUCCUCCCUGGUUUAGAGAAUAUUUUGUUAAUCUGGAGGUGGGGAAGCCUUACUUUUACUUAAGUUUCCUCCCAAAUCUUUUGUCUAUGCCUUAAUGUUCCCUUUCAGGCCUAGGCUUUUGAAGGUCAAAAGCCAAGAACACAUCCCUUUGUCCUGUGGUUUCUGCCAUCACAGCUCCUCCUUGGGGUACAGAGCAGAGACUGGUGUGGCCAACUGAAUGGUGAGAAGGAGUGAGAGGUGUGAGCUAAGUAUCUGUUCCUGUAUCAGGAAUGUUGUUCUAUCACAUUAAGAUGUGUAGAGUCAGGUCACCAGGACCCGUGAACCCAAAUAGCUGGGAUUCAGGACAGAGUCAACAGAAUACAGAUGGCACUGAAGAGGGAGGGAGAGCUGGGACAGACAUGCCCCGCUCCCCCCCAGCUAGGAGGGGUCAGGAAGGGCUUUCUGGAAGCGGAGUGUGUGGAUGAGGAUUGAAUGAGUUUUCAUACGCCAAGAUGUUGGGAAAGUGUUCACUCUGGUCCCCGGUGUCUAUAUUGUAUCCUUCCCCUGAGAUUUUCAUAUUUCCACCUGGUCCCCAGCCGGGAAGGCACUAGGACACAGUACAGUGCCCAGCCUGGUACGUGAUGUGUCCAGUAUGUUAGCUAAAGGUCAAGCAGUGUUUGGGGCUGGUGUGUCUCUCCACACCGUGCCCCUCUCCUCUCUUGGAGAGUGAAUAAAAACUUUACUAUCUACA